AUGUACAUCUUCCUCCUCAACCUCGCCCUCCUUGACCUGGGCUGUAUCUCCACCAUUGUCCCCAAAUCAAUGGCCAAUUCCCUCUGGGACACCAGGGCCAUUUCUUUUAUGGGAUGUGUUGCACAGUUCUUCCUUUUCCUGAUUGUAGGAGAGUAUUUUCUCCUCACAGUCAUGUCCUACGACCACUACGUUGCCGUCUGCAAACCCCUGCACUACAGGACCCUCCUGGGCAGCAGAGCUUGUGUCCACAUGGCAGCAGCUGCCUGGGCCAGUGGCUUUCUCAACACUCUGCUGCACACGGCCAAUACAUUUUCACUGUCACUCUGCAAGGGCAAUGCUGUGGACCAGUUCUUCUGUGAAAUCCUCCUGAUACUCAAGCUCUUCUGCUCAGACUCCUACCACAGGGAGGCUGGCCUUCUUGCUUUCAGUGCUUUUCUAUUUUGGGGAUGUUUUGUGUUCAUUGCGGUGUCCUAUGUGCAGAUCUUCAGGGCCGUGCUGAGGAUCCCCUCUGAGCAGGGACGGCACAAAGCCUUUUCCAUGUGUCUCCCUCACCUGGCCGUGGUCUCCCUGUUCGUCAGCACUGGCACGUUUACCUGA